CACACCAAAAUGGCGGCGCCCUAGACGUAAACAAAAUACUACUGUAAUCUAGGCCAAACUCUUAGGCCUAUACCUUUUUUUCACCAUGUAAUAUACUUUACUAUAUAAUAAAUCCUUUGUUGAUUGUAUUUAAUGUCCAGGAAGACUGCAGUAAAGUGCAAGCAUUCAUUAGGUCAGAAUUUUUUCUAGGCCUAGGCCGAGACACGUCUUGGCUGGACAUUCAUUCGACGAACAAAAGAAGUUACAUAUUCUGCAUCAUGGAUGAACGUCAUUGGUGGAUAGCAACUAAAAUACAAGAAUCCUUUCACAUCGGGGGAUUCAGUGACAAUCCCACACUCCUUGAGGAUUUUCUAUGUGAAUCAGAAACUCUUGAUUUAAUCAACAAAUUCCUUGGAGAGGGGGGACCAAAUAAGUUAUUCUUCUACUCAGAUCGACCACAAACUAGUGCACUGACUCCAAGUGGUCUACAGAGCACAAGACAAUUGCAUGUUAUAACUUCUCUUGCAAAAUUGAAAGAUGUGGAUGUGGAGCAGACAACUGUUUUGUAUAUGCUUCGGCAUACCACCGAACAUGAGGUCGAUCAAGUACACAUGGAAAAGGACAUAUUCUGUGGGGAAUUGCGACACAGCGUGUUGGAAAAUUUGAAUACACUUCUGUCAGAUAUCUACUUGCCUUUGUUACAAGCUCAAACUGACUGGGGACAUUGUACUCCAGAUCAAGUCAGUCAGUGUCUGAACAGUCUGGAUAAGCAUGCUGCUGCUCUUGCCGAGACAGUUAAGGUCCCAAAUACUGCAGCUCGUCAGCAGGUGUUACGAAGGCCAGAGAUCCUUGUGAGUAAUGAAUUUAGUAAACAUCGUUCCACAUCCUACGAUGGUAACAUCAUCUCAGAAUACGAAGCCUUAGUUACCGAGUGGAUUUCAACCAUUGAUAAUGCUUUGACCGAUGGUGGAGAUGAAAGAUUCAUGGAUCCUAAUUCUGGACCGUUGACGGAACUUGAACGAUGGAAACGACGCCAGAGAAUGCUAUCCAGUAUAAUGGAGCAAUUGAAGGGCAAAGAGUGCAAGACUGUGAUUGGUGUACUGAUCAGCUCCAAGUCAAAGGUCAUCAAGAAGUGGAAGCUGAUAGAUGCAAGUAUUACAGAUGCCGCUAAUGAGACAAAGGACAAAGUGAAGUACCUGGAGGCCCUUCGACGUCACUUUGAACAGCUGUACAACGGUGCUACUCCAGCUAGCAUAGUGAAUACUGCAUUGCCAGGCCUUGUAAACAGCGUCAAGCAGAUGGAUUCUAUAUCACGAUUCUAUGCUAGAGGGGGCUAUUUAGGCCUGCUCUUCACCAAGAUUACAAAUCAGCUGGUGAAUGCUUGCAAAGACUACCUCCGCAAUGCAACCAUCAGCACUGAACAAGAGGAUCAGCUCUGGCCUAAGAUGUAUGGAGAGAUUGACACCAAGGUUGCUUCUGGGGACUUGAUCAGCAAGCCUAAGACCACUAGCAAGAGGAAGGGUAAAGAGAAGGAUGCUGAUGCGGACACGUUAUUUGGAAGAAUGAAAUCUUGUCUUAAUCUUUAUAAUUCUUACAAAGAGAUGGUGCGUUGUCUGCGAGACAGUCUAGGGGGUGCUCAUGCCCUCACACAUUUCCCAUCAAUCAGCUCAAUAGGGGCUCCAACAUCAAAGUCAAGUAGAGGUUUUGUUAGAGGAUAUGCUUCUAAGCCAUCUAAAACGCCAUCAGUUGCAGGUGAUUUUACUGAUGGUCAUGGAAUCCCUUUCACUGAUGAGGAGUCCAUAUUUGGUCAUAUGGAUUCCUUUUGUGGGCGUGUUCGUCAAGUGAUUGAUUCUGUCUACACUUUGAUUCAGUACAGUAAGCUGAUCAUAACUAUAGAGGGCUUACCACGUCCUCUCAAGGAUGAUCUUCAGCUGGAGGACUUUGACGAUGUUGACACUACUGCUACUGUGUCAAAUGUCCCAGAAUCGAUUGUUACAUCUUAUGACUCACCAGCCAUAUCCAUAAGUCCUCUUCGAGGUCCACACACCCAUAAAAUACUGCCUGUGGUAGAGGAGGAGGAAGGAAGUAACGAAGAUGAGGAUGAAAAUGAGGACACCACAGGUGACAAUGAGAUGGGAACCAAUGAGAUGGUAUCCAAUGCUGAUGAAGUUCAUGAAUUAGCUGUCACUUCAACAAAAUCUGGUCUCACUCUUCAAGAUGUAAUGAUUUUAAGAAAGCUUUUUAAUGCUGAUGACCCAGAAGAUGAAGGUCCCAGUAUUUCAUCCAUUGUCCGUGACCAUGUAAUCAGUAUGAAAGCACUACUCUCCAGUAACAUCACAACAGAGAUCAUGCUGGACGUGGAAGGCAAAGAGAAAGAGAAAUAUGGCGAAGUACACAUGGAAUUUCAAGGAACUGUCCAACAAAUAGAAGCCUACAUGUGUGCUUAUCUUCAUGCAGUCUUCCUGCGGAAAAUGAAAACACAUCAGUCAUUGGACAUUCUCACAAGGUUUUUACCUGUAAUGCAUCGUCAAGGUGUAAAACAUGCCAUCACUGAGAAAUACAUGGAUAUGUUCACAGCAUUUGAAACUGACCUGGAAGAAGUCAAGGAUAUUUAUGAGAAAUAUAAGGAUGAACCAAUCAAGAUGAGGAAUGCUCCGCCUGUUGCAGGAGCUAUCCAAUGGUCUCGUCAACUUCUACAACGUAUUGAGGAACCAAUGAAAGUGUUCCGCGAUAACAAAGCCAUCAUGCACAUGAGAGAAUUCUCGCGCAUCGUUAAGUUCUACAAUCGCAUUGCAACUGCCCUUGUUACUUUUGAAAGUCUGUGGUUCAACCAUUGGAAGACACUGAUUGAGCCAGCCAAGGCAGGUCUGAAGGCAACGCUUCUAGUGGUACAUCCAGAAACCAGAUGCAUUGUGGUUAAUGCUGAUGAAAGAGUUCUUCAAAUGAUGCAAGAGUGUCGCUGGAUGAGUAGACUUGGUAUCAGUGUACCUGAAGCAGCGUUGCUUGUUGCUAAGCAGGAGCAUCGUUUCAAGAGCUACCAGAACCACCUUGUUCAAUGUCUGAAUGAACUUAAUGAGGUGUCGGCAAUGAUCCCACAGCCACUGGAACACCUCUUCAUUACCCACACCAGUAACGUUAUCCAGGCCUUGCAACCAGGUCUCACCACCCUUGCUUGGAACUCUAUGAAUAUUGAUGCCUUUCUCCAUCAAGUUCGAACAGCCAUUAUGAAGUUGAAAGUAACAGUUGAUGCUAUAAACAACAUAACCAAGAAUACCAUUGAGGCGAAACUGAAGGCCAUAAGCCAACUGUUCUUAUUUGAUAUUGAGACAGCAUUUGGCCGUUCAUGGCCCCCAGGAACCUUUACUGAGAAUAUGCUUGCAUCAGUGAACCAGAGGAAGAAGCAGUUACAGGAAUAUGUGUCUGAUAUUGAAAUUGCAGUUUAUGAGAUCAUUCAUGUACUGAUUGGUGAGCGUGCCGCUUCAGCCCAUUCUAAUACAAGCAUGACCCCUAGUUUAAAACACCUCUCAACCAGAAGGGGAAAGAUGACAACACAGAUGAAUGAGACCACAUCACCAGAUGAUAUUGAUUAUGAUGUACCAAUUGGUGACAUGUUAGCAUUAUACUCAGAUCAUGUCUAUGAGGCUGUGUUGUCUUCAAUCUGUCGCAGUCUCAUCACGCUUGCUGAAGCAUCCGGCUGCGAAGGAGUCAUGGAGCAUGUAAUGAGCGAAUUAACUUCCACGGAACAGAACACACCUUACCUUGAGACCAUCACAGAAAACAGUAGCCACGCCUUCAGCCCCAGUCCUGUCCUCGGUAACAGGCUGCGCAGUCGCGUUGGCACAGGGACGAGUAGGCUUAGUGAUAUGAGUUUGAGUGAUGAGUGUAGCCGUCCAACCACAUCUUUGUCAUACUUGUCGGAUUUGUCAUGGACAGCAGAGAAGACGCUGGAAAGAACUUAUCUCCAGUUUGAAGUAGAAGUGAAGUUUGCGAUCCCUAACAUCGUCAUUGAGCCAGGCCUCGACUCCGUGUGUACUGCAUUAACGGAGGUUGGCAAGGCUGUCUUGAAGUGUUCAGAAGGCUUCUCAUGGUGGGCUGGCGAAAAUGCAUCUAAUAUGUUUGAAGAGGUCAUAGGUCAAGAGCCAGUCGUUAUCACUGUCAUGCAUCGUCUUGAUAAUGUAGUACACGAUCUACAGAAAAUUGUAGACAACCAUGUGCUGCACUUCCGUUUCUAUGACUUCUUGUGGCAAGACAAUAUGCACGGCACUUACUUUGACUUCAUCAGUAACGACCCUGGAAUGCAUGCUAUACAACGAGAGGUCGAACGGCUUCUACACAUAGAGGAAAAGAUCCAAGCCAUACCAAAGGUGCUGCCAGUUGGGUCCAUCUGUCUACAAACCAGCCCCAUUAAGGAUGCCUUGUACGGCUUUGCUGUUCAGUGGAAGAGUCAGUAUGCCCAGAGCUUGCAUGAAGAGGCUAAGCGGCGACUUGACCAGGCUUUAAUGUAUCGGACAAAUGUUGUCAGUAAGCUCUCAUCGGAAGUUAAGACACUUGAUCAGUUAAAUGGAGCCCUUAACUUACUGGAAGAGGUGCGAGAUAUGGAGAACAAGAUAGACGGCAUAUACCUUCCUAUUGAGACCAUGUAUACAGAUUUAAGGAGCUAUAAUUUGCGUCUUCCACGAAGCGAGGUCGAAGAAGUCAGUGCCCUUCGUGACAAGUGGCAAGAUGUGAUAGAUCUCGCCGAAAACUGUCGCAUCAAAUUACUAAAGGAAAGACGAGGAGCAUUUGAGCAGGAACUUGACAAACAAGUUAAGUUGUUUGUUGUUGAGGUGAUUCAGUUUCGUAACAGCUUUGAUUCCCAAGGCCCAGCGGUACCAGGUGUCCAGCCAGCUGAAGCUGUCUCUAGGCUGCAUGAGUUCUUGGAGAUCUACAAGCUGUAUGACUCUAAAAGAAAAACACUAGACUCUGUAUCCAGACUCUUUGGUAUCAAUUGUAAGCCAUUUCCUGAGCUGGAUAAAACAGGAGAAGAGCUGGAUCUGCUUGGUUUGCUGUAUGGAUUAUUCCAGAAGUUCAUUGCAUUUGAUGCCCAAUUUAGAGAUCGUUUAUGGGCAGAAGCUGAGCUUCAGAAUGCUACUCUGACAGUUGAGGGUUAUUGGGAGGAGUGUCAAAAUUUACCUGAGAAAUUGAAAGAUUGGGAUGCUUACAAUGAGAUGAAAAAUUCCAUACAAUUCUACCUGGAUGUGUUCCCUAUACUACACAAGCUAGCAUCAAAGGAAAUAAGGAAUCGCCAUUGGUUGCAAGUGAUGUCAGUGACAGGAAGCUCAUUCCAGCUGGAAGCUAAUGUCUUCAAACUCAGCCACAUCCUAGAUAUUGGCUUAAUGCAAAACCAGAAAGAAAUUGAAGAGAUUUGCCAUUGUGCCAGCAAGGAACUUGAGCUGGAAGUCAAGUUACGCAUCACGGAGGAAGAAUGGACGGAGCAGGUGCUCAUGUUCCAAAACUACAAGAAACGAGGACCGAUCUACCUGGAGAAGGAUAACUCGGAACACCUACUUGAGCAGUUGGAAGACGCUCAGGCAUUGCUAGCUAAUAUGCUCACAUCAAGACACGUUGGACCUCUUAGAGAAGAGGCUGCAAGCUGGGCAGAGAAACUCAAAGGUGUUGCUGAGGUUCUUGAGCAGUGGUUAGAGGUACAAGAUCUCUGGUUGUAUUUAGAAGCUGUGUUUAGUGUCCCGAUGACGGCCAAAGAGCUCCCUCAGGAGGCAAAGAGAUUUAACCGAAUUGAUAAAAGUUGGACAAAGAUAAUGAAGCGAGCAUAUGAUACUAGAAAUGUUCUACAGUGCACAUAUGGUGGUGAUGUACCUAAAGGUGUUGUCCUACGUCAUAUUUACGAGGAGCUUGAGAUCUGCUUCAAGUCACUUGUUGGUUACCUUGACAACAAGAGGAAAGCCUUUCCUCGGUUCUACUUCAUGUCAGACCCUGUCUUGUUGGCAAUUUUAAGUAGACCUAAUGAUCUAGAAUCAGUCAGGCCACACCACAGGUGCAUUUUCAAUAAUGUGUACGAUAUACGACUAGAGCGAAUUUCAGUGCCAAACUACUCCAGUACAGUGGCCUCCCCUCUCCGCACCCCUCACGGUAACUACCACUCACAUGAACAUUCCCCUACUCACAACGAUCGUGGACAUCCAAAUAUUUUGAAUGGCCUAGACCGGUAUAUCACUCCAUCUGUGGCUGCUGGUAGGAUAAGCCAAGAUUCAGAGGGAGGAGUGUCAGAGUCCAAUACACCACAGUUCCAAGCUGUUGCUGUUGUGUCCAAGGAGGGAGAGGUGCUACCAUUACAAAAUGAAGUUACCCUUACGGAGGGGGUGGAGGUUUGGUUGAAGGAACUGAAGGACUGUAUUGGAGACACCAUCUACUCAUUGGUGUGCAAUGUAAUAGAAGACGUGGAGGCUGGGAUUGCUGUUGAGGACCUAGCUCUCAAGUAUCCCGGUCAAGUAGCCCGUCUUGGUAUGCUCAUGUACUGGACAAAGGAAUGCGAGAUUGGCAUAGCAGAGAUUCGCAAUGAUCGCAAAGCCAUCCCCAAUGCUUGCAAGAAGUUUAUUACCAACACAUCAAGACUUUCAGCUGUAUUAUCACGCGGAAUGUGGAAGAAUACUGAUGAACAAAUGACCUUUGUUCAUCGACAGCGAUUGGAGAGUUUAAUUGCUCAAUCGCAUUACCUACGAGAUACACUAGAACACAUGGCCAAUAGAAAAUUGAGGGAAUUAGGAGACUUUGAAUGGCGAAGGUGUAUCAGAUUCUACCAUGCAUUCACAGAAGGAAAGGUUGUGCCAUAUAUCUCCAUCCUAGAGAAAAAAUACACAUAUGGUAGUGAGUUCUAUGGAGCCCGGUCCUCGCUUGUUUUAACCCCGACCACUGAGAGGUGUUUCAUCACAAUGUCAAUGUGCAUGAAAAAUCAGAAAGGCUGUAUGUUGGUGGGAGGUACUGGCAUCGGCAAGACUGAAACUACCAAAGGCUUAGCAUCCACACUCGGUCGCUUCCUAGCCAUGUUCGCCUGCUCUCCUCACAGUGAUCCACAGAGCUUAGGAAAGAUAAUGCAAGGCCUAGCUUUGGAUGGUAGUUGGGCAUGUCUUGAUGAGUUUCAGCUUCUUCAGCCACAUGCUGUUGCCAUGGUGAUGGACCACUGCCAAGGUAUCAUAUUUGCAUUAAGGUCUGGUGUGAACAAAUGUAUUGUUUCCAAUGGAGAAGAGAUUGUUGUCAACAGAGACACUGCUUUGUUUAUGACUGUCAACAACACCCAUGCACACAGCAACCCAAUUGGCAGUGAUGUGAAGACCUUGUUUCGUAGCAUCUCACUUACUGUGCCAGACCUAGCCAUGAUACUCAAGGCUAAGUGUGCUGGCUAUGGCUUUAAAGCACCUAAGAUUCUAGCUGAUAGGCUAAAGAUUGUUAUACAGCAGUGCAAGGAACAACUCCCACCUGAGGAGCAACACUAUGUAAAUUUGAGUUCUACAGGUGCAUCUUUAUUACAUGCCGUGAAAACUUGGCAUAUGAUAGAAGGGUCCAAAGAGUACCAGCAGUUGUUUGCGUUGGGCUCCAUAUCUUCUGUGGUCCAGUUUGCAUCUGCAGGACGGAAGCUGACUAAAGAGGAACGUGCUGAACUGUCGAGGGCAAGUAGCCAGAUAUCACUGGCCCAGACGCAGAGUCUAAUGCCACCACUUGGGGAUAAGCAAGCGUCGAACGUUACAAUCAAGAGCCAGAAAGACAGCUUAACUAUGAGUCUAGGCCCACGUAAGCAGGGCAUGCCGAACCCAAUGACAGCAGCCGCACGUACAGAGCAUGCCGUAGUGGCGCAGGCAUUGCAACACAUCAUAGCUCCCAGGCUCAAGGCUGAUGCCUGUUAUAUAUUCAACAACGUGAUCAAGGAUGUUUUUAGUGGUACUGGUGAAGCUCCGUUGCCACAGUCAAGCCGUGCGCAUCGGUCACGCCUCAGUGCAGAGCAUGCAAUCAUAGCAAAAGCUCAAGAGAACGGACUGGUGGCUCAUGCGUCGUGGAUCAACAAGAUUAUGCAGCUGUACUCAGUCUCACAAGUCAAUCAUGCUAUCAUUGUGGCAGGUGAACCAGGGACAGGUAAAUCUACCUGUAUCCAGACAUUAAUUGAUGGCCUCUCUGCCAUUUCAUCCAACAACCAAUCACGGCAGUCGAGGAGCAGCUCAUCCACGAUCUCUUCAGUCAGUCACAAACUGCAACGCAUCAACCCACUUGUUGUUGAUGAUCUGGCUCUGAUGUUUGGCUACCUGAAUCAAAAUCGUGACUGGAUCGAUGGUAUAUUUACCAGUGCUUGGCGAAAAGCAAACAGAAAUGUUAGCACAACGUGGCUAUGUUUAGAUGGGCCUUUGACUCCAAGCUGGGCCGAUAAUUUCAACAGCGUUUUAGAUGGUGAUAAAGUUUUGCAUCUUAGAAACGGUGACAAACUCUUCCUUGCAGACAACAUCAAACUGCUUUUUGAAACCACAGACCUCAACACUGUUUCUCCAGCAACUGUUGCAAGAUCUGGCAUAGUGUACUUUGACAAGGAUAUCCUAGGCUGGCGUCCAAUUGCUCAGGCAUGGAUGGAAGGACGAAACCAACAGGAGAUUCAUUGCCUACAGAAAGCCUUCAACAAGACCAUGGAUGCUGUUGUUAACUUUGUCAUCUAUGAAACUAAGCCCAGGAUGUAUGUGUGUGAGGUUGGAAUGUUCCAGAUGUGUCUGGGGUUACUAACUGCCAUGCUGAAUGAGAUCAACGUGUCCAUUGGUGGAGAACUGCACAUUGAGAGGCUGUUCCUCUUCUGCCUUAUAUGGUCAUUUGGUAGUCUCCUAGAAGGCAAUGACCGCAAGAACUUCAGUGAUUUGUUGAGGACUUUGACAUCAGCUCUGCCAGAUUAUGAUCAUGAGAUCUCAGUGUUUGAUUACUAUGUGGAUGAGGCUGGAGAAUGGGACCCCUGGAUAUCCAGAGUACCUGAGGUGGCUUACACCGACAAUCAAGAUUUACUCGGUGAAUUUGUCAUAGACACAGUUGAUACAAUCCAAGCUCGUGUGAUCCUGGAAUUUGCCAAUCUGUCUAAUCUGCACAUGAUCCUUGUUGGUCCUCCAGGAUCGGGAAAGACUUCCAUGAUCAACGACUUCAUUGACUCCCUUGACCCUCCACAGCAAGUCAGUAAGCAUUUAGUGUUUUCUGGAGCCUCUAGUGCCAGUCAACUUCAACAGUUUGUAGAAAACAACAUCAGACAUAGACAAGGAUUUGUCUAUGGAGCCAAGGACAACAAACGACUGCAGAUCUUCAUAGAUGACAUCAGCCUGCCGACACCUGAUGAGUUUGGCGUACAACGAUGCAAUGAGUUGUUACGGCAACUGAUGGAUGACAAGAUUCUGGUGACGCUUCAUAAACCAUUUGAAUGGCGUACCAUCGAGGGACUGCAUGUCCUUGCCUCAAUGACAACCAAUGAGUUCCCUAGUGUCAACAACAGGUUGAUUUCAUCAAGACUUCUGCGUCAUUUUGCUAUCUUCUACUUGCCUGAGCCUAAGGACUCCUCUCUGCAUACCAUUGUCGAUGCUGUCCUUGAUGGUAACAUGACCAAGAACAACCAGCAGUCUCUGGCACAAGAGCUCCAUGACUGCAUCGUUGAUGCUUCUUGCCAACUGCUGACUAGUGUCCAGAAUGUUCUCAGACCGUCACCAAUGCCAGGGCGGCAUCACUAUAUAUUCACUCUACGAGACAUCACUAAGGCAUUCCAGGGACUAAUGAGACUCUCGGAGGAGUCUCGAGAGGAAGCCAGUAUGGUAAUAUCCCUGUGGAAGUAUGAAGUUACCAGGAUUAUUGCAGAUCGGAUAUGCCGCACUGCUGACUUCCAGUGGUUGGAAAAAAACAUGGAAAACAUUAUUAAAGAGCAUUUUCCAAUGACACAAGAAGAAGGGUUUGAGCUCUAUGACCAUUUUGUGACAUUUCCCAUUGAGUCCAGGACAUACCAACGACCUGUGACCUCCAUGUCACAGAAAACUGUUAGGGUGCUUCUUCAACCUGUGACAAACUUGGUUGAGGUGCAUCGUUGUCUCUUGUCGCAUCUGACACGGUACAAUGAGGAAUUCGGUAACAUUCAGCUCAACAUAAUGUUAUCGGAUCAUGUGAUACAUCAUGUGAUCAGAAUGCAUCGUAUUCUUAGUUUCCACCAUGGUGGAAGCAUGUUGCUUGUUGGUGCUAUUGGGAGUCACCUGACCAGCCUCGUAAACAUGGCGCUACAUGUGGCCGACAUGCCCAUACACCCCAUCGACACCUCCAAGAACAAUAGUUUCUUUGAUGGUCUACGAUCAGCUGUUAGACUCUCUGGUACAGAGGGCAAGAUGCUCACCCUACGGUUUACUGGUCAAGACCUUAGAGAAAAUGUCUACCUUGAUGCUAUCAACAGUCUUCUGGUAUGUGGAGAGUACCCACCACUCUUCUCCAAUGAUGAACUGGAUGGUCUUCUUCUGGCUUUAGGUCCUGCGAUGAAGCGCAACUUUCCACGUAUGGUCAUCGACCCCAUGAAGUUCUUUGUGUCAAGGGUCAAAUGUAAUUUGCAUAUUAUUCUAUGCCUGCCACCAACACACAAGCUUCUGAGAAUAGCAUCAAGUCAAUAUCCUGGUUUAUUAAAGGGUAUGCAGGUGAAUUGGAUGUGUGACUGGCUCUCUGAUGCACUGACGGGUGAAGCAAGUUAUUAUGUCCAAAAGCAUUCACUCUGCAAAGAUAGCUCCCCAGAUAUGAGGACAGUUAUUGUGUCAUGCAUGGCAAAGAUCCAUAGUCAUGUAUUGCAUGACUGCAACCAGAUUCCAUGGGCAGGUGAGACCAAUGACAAGAUAACCCUGACACAAGUAAAGAUCCAAGGAAAGAAAGAAACCAUCAAAGUCACAAAUCUUGAGGUUGAUAAUCUGCCAUACACCAAGAGCAUUAUGAGACAGAAGAUAGAGCUAAGGCAUAGAAAGCUGGAUGAGCCUGGUAAACAUGAGUUGUUUGUUGGUCCACGUACAUUUCGUCGUUUCAUGGACUGUUUCAAAUACCUGUACACAACCAAAAGCAAAGAAAAUACAACUAAAGUCAACCAACUUAAGAAAGCUCUUGCCUGCCUUUCCAAGACCAGGGAAGAUGCUCGUGCUAAGAAAGCUGAGAUAGUCAGACUUCAGAAAUUAUUUGAAGAGGCUAGUGAGAAGACUGCAACCCUACUUAAGCAGCUUAGCAGCAAAGCCACUGUCCUCGAGAAAACCAAAGCCUUGUACCAGCAGUCCCAUGGAAGUCUGAAUGCAUUCCUGCAGAUGGCAGAUGUGGAGAGUGAUGAGGAAGAACAGGAUGAUCUCUUAAUGGCUGAUGAUAAAGAUGAAUACGACAAAGAAUUUGAUCGUCUGCGAGAGCAGAAUCUGAAAUGUCGUCAAGUUGCAAUUGAAGAAGAACUAAUCCAAGCGGCCAAAAGGGUAGAAGAAUGUCGAACAAGUUUACAAAAGGCUUGUGAGCAGGUUAUUCAUUGGAAAGAUAAAGUGGAUAGAGCUUGUAUUGAAAGACUUCGAUCCUUCCAAAAUCCAACUCCAAUUGUCCUUCAAGUUCUGGAGAUGAUCAUGGCACUGCUCGGAAAAUCAAAGCCAGUACAACCAGAAAGAUCAGAAAAAUUGAAUUUUUCAAGUGAGGAUGCAUCGAUUAUAUCUGGAAGAACAAGCUCAACUGGGACUAAAAGCCCUACCAAAAACUGGAAAGGGUCAAAAUCAAAAGACAACGCUUCAGAGAAACAUAAGUGGAAGCAGCUACAGGUGAUAAUGAAUGAUUCCAACAAGUUUGUUGAGUUGCUUCACAAUAUUAGCUGGGAGAAUGGCCUGGAUAAGAACAUCCUCAUGAAUGUUGAGUACUUCCUACCAAAGACCAAAGAAGGGGAAGGUGUUACUGGUGAAGGCUCCUUACUUGAUGUACCAGGAGGGCCUAAGCUACCACCAUCAUCACGUAAAUCACCAUCUGCAGUUGAAGGCAUCACAAUUGCUGCCACCCGCUACAGCUCAGAGGAUGCUGGAACGCUAGUGGCCUACACUUGUGGUAUAGUGGAGUAUUCCCACUUGUGUGGACCUCUGCAACAGGCUCUGGACAGACUGCAGGAACUUCAGAAAGAGAAAAUUGAAAAUGAAAAACUCCAAAUUGAGAAGGAAGAAAGAGAAGCAAGAGAGGCAGAGGAACAGACAAGUGCAGCAUCAGUAGAACCAGAGAAAGAAUACACAGAAGCAGAUAUUCCCAGCAUCCAAGAUGAACUGGAUGUGCUGCAAAAGGAAUUUGAUGAUGCCGUCAGAGAGAAGCAUUCAUUGGAAAUUGAACUGGUUGCCAGUAAUGAGAGGUUGAGGGCAGCAGUUGAUAUGAUUCACAGCUUGAGAGAAGCAGAAAAGGGUUGGAAGGAUUACGUUGAUGAGAACUCAGUGAAUCAGUUGUUGCUAAGCACUUGUCUGUCGGCAUCUGCGUUUCUAACAUACUGUGGCGGGAUGCAAAUUGACUUGCGUAAACGAUUAGCAUCGUUCUUUAUGGAUGUUUGCACCAGACACAAUCUACCUGUACCAAGGAGGAAGCUGUUCAAACAUGUUCAAAUUAUUGAAUUCCUGUUUUCAAAGGUGAAAAUUGAAUCGUUCCGACUACUCAACCUGCCAAUGACUCCGGUAUCAUGUGACAAUGCUUGCUUCAUCAUGCAAGAAUUAAGUUCAACUGCCUGGCCAUUGCUAUGCGACCCAACGAGCCGAGUGUUGGAAUGGCUUAAGGCCUUUAAAGCCGAUAAACUCACAAAGGUUAAAUAUCAUGAAUUGAGGUCGCAAUUGGAGACAUGUCUGACAGAGGGGUCAUCUCUGGUGAUCACAGACUGUGAUGUAGUAGCUCUGACGGAUGACUAUCGCUUCUAUCAAGUCUUGCGCAAGAGAAUGGUGUUCAUGACAAGCAAACUGCCAUUUAAAAUGAUGGUGGCAGACCAUGAGGUGGAAUGUAAUCCUAGUUUCCGUUUGUACCUUCACACAACCAACCAGCCCCACACCAUUCCGCACAGCCUUGCAGCCUAUACCAGUGUGCAGUAUUUCUACCAGACUGCGGAGGACUGUGAGGAAGAGUUGCUGGAUAGGUUCAUGCAGCUGGAGAAAGCUAGACUUGAGGAAGACAGAAUAACUUAUGCAAAGGAAAAGAUUGCAAAUAUGCAGCAGCUUGAAGACUUAGAGAAGCAGAUGCUGGAGUGUUUGGCAGGUGACAAGCGAUUGUUGAAUGAUUUACAAACUACAAAGAAACUUGCUGAGAUGAAAAAACAUUAUAAUGAGACUUUAGAAAGUCAAGAAAGAGUGUUAACAUCUGAACGAGCGAUUCGCAAUGCAAAGGAGAGCUACCGAUCCAUAGCAAAGAGAGGUGCUGUGUGCUUCAAUGUUGCUAGAGGGCUUACAGAAAUUAACCCAAUAUACCAAUCAUCCUGGCAACAAUUUCUGGAGGUUUAUGACGCUUCAAUUAAGCACUCAGAAAGAACUGCUGUGAAAGCUGUUGUAGAAAGGCUGACAUUCUCUGCAUGUAUGACCGUGUCUAGGUCACUAUUGGAAAGGGAUCGUAUCAUACACUCAGUACUCUUGUCCAUGGAGGUGGAGGAUUCCGUUGGUAAUAUUGGACCAGGUGAGCGUGAGUUCAUUGUCUCUCCUCAGCUUGGGGCCGCUGUGAUGUCAUCAAUUGGAAAAGUAGCUCCUCCUGACCAUAAGGUUACCCAAGCCAAGAAGCCAUUCGACUGGAUGUCUGAUGAUCAGUUCCAAAACCUGCAGCUGAUGGCCAUGCAUUUUGACUGGUUCCAAGAGAUGUUUGACCGCAUGUCCAAAGAUGGCCGUGAAACACAGUGGCGUACACUCGGUGAGCAUGAAACACCAGAGAACUAUCCUCUGCCUGAGAGGAUGGACGACGUCUACAAUCCCAUGCAGAGGUUUAUGAUACUACGUGCCUUUAGACCUGACCGCAUCAUGCAAGCAUCAACUGUCUUUGUUAGUUCUGUUCUUGGAAAGAAAUACGUGACUGAGUCAUUGUUAGAUUUAGCAAGCGUUCUGCGGCAAAGCUCGCCCACAACACCUAUACUGCUAAUGUACACGUGCGAGGCCCAGCUAGCUACUAAACUCUUCACUGAAUUUGCCAACAAGAAACAAAUGAAGACCACAGCCAUUUUCCUGACUGGUGCAUCACAAAAUGAGGACAGACAAGUUAGAAAGGUGGUGAUCACUGCCAUGCAAGAGGGAAGUUGGGUGCUUCUCCAGAAUGGUCAGAAUGCUUCCAACCUUCUCAAAGGCUUGGAGAGUAUUUUGAAAGAACAUGACAACUCACAGGGCGAGGGCUCUUUCCGCCUGUGGAUCUCUGCCGAAAUGAAAGAGACAAUACCUGUACGAUUGCUGCAGUAUUCCUUCAGAGUUGUAGUAGAUUCCCCUCAGGUAAUGCGAGAAAACCUAAUACGAGGCAUUUCAUUGGUUGAUACGGAUAUGCUGAAGACAAGUUCACGAUCUGAAUGGCCACCGUUGCUGCACAAUCUGAUAAUGCUUCACGGCACCUUGCGGUUGAGGGCACGCUUUGGCAGAUCAGGAUGGAACCUACCGCAAGUCAUGAACUUCAAGUUUAAAGAAAUUGCUGAAGGAUUAUCAAUUGCUAAAGAAGUUUUCAAAGACGUGCCACAUCCAGAUGGAGAUGGGUUGAAGGGCGUGUCGUGGAUUGGUUUGCGGUAUAUGUUGACAGAGAUUGUCUAUGGAAGCAGCAUCCAGGAUGAAUUUGAUCAGACCAACCUGGCAGCAAUGGUUGACUACUGGAUCGGACCCAAUGCAGUUAAGAGGGAGUUUGAGGCUACGAAGCUGAAAUACAAAUUGCCUUCAGCAUUCUUCAAUAAUGUUGUGAGGCCACAUGCCCUGAUCCAGGCCUGUGAGGCUAUACCUAACCACAUGUUAGAUGUUCCAGAAGCCACCGGAGUACACUCAUCUACUGAAGAUGAUGGCCGUUUGAUGACUUAUCAUGGAGAUGAUCAGUAUGUCUUCACCCGACUCAACAUGAUCCUGGAUAACGUGCCGUCAACAAAAACACUUGCGCACAUAUUUGAGCGACCUUCUACUCCUACCACAGAACCUUCAGUAUCCAGCGUAACUGGACAAGCUAUGACAUCAUCAGUCCGUGGAAUGGGUGUUUACGCAAGUGCCAGUGUAGCUGCCAUCAGAUCACGUAAAGAUGUGGAAAUCUGGGAGGUGUGCCACACCGCUUUGCUUAAAUUACCUCGAGGCUGGAAUAGGGAUUACAUAUCUGAAAGGAUUCGUAAGAUUGGAGGAGACACACCUUUUAAUCGUUUCAUUCUUCGUGAAGUUGACAUGAUGAUAACUUUAUUAGCUGAGAUGAGGAGUACAUUGCAGAAACUGAAGAAUCUAACUGAGAACCCAACAGAGAUGUUUGGCGAUCUGUUCUCUGACAAGUUGAUUGAUGUAGCAGAUGACAUGUUCCAUCUUCGUCUGCCUCUGAUCUGGAGGAACCUUGCUGGAGAUUCAGCUCCUCCGGCAACCUGGCAGCUGGGACAAUGGUUGACAGAUCUUGCUCAACGUUGUCUACAUCUAGAAAAGAUCAUCAUACAGGGAAGGGAAAAGUUUCCAGCAUUUUGGCUGGGUGCUUUCUUUCAGCCAAAAGGUUUGUUGGCAUUGCUGAGACAAGAUGCCAUGAGAGCUUAUGGUCAGAAUGGAGCUCAAAUGGAACCAUUUAUCUUUCAAACAGAGAUCACAGCCAGAGAUAAAGAUCACGUGCGUGAUCCGCCUCAGGAAGGCAUGUUUGUGUAUGGCAUCUACAUUUGGGGUUGUACCUGGGAAAAGACGACUGGCGAACUACAAGACCUUGCUCCUCGUCAUGGGCCUACACCUUUGCCAAUCAUUCACAUUAUCUGUAUUCCAGCUAGUGAAAAACAAAUUGUCACAGAGCCAACUCGAUAUGAAACAUUCUCAUGUCCUGUCUACCCAACACGUGUUAGCCCUCGUGAGCCAGUGUUUCUGAUGGACGUUCGUCAUGAUAGUAUACCACCAUCUAGAUGGUCACUACGUGGGUUAGCCGCUACAAUCCGUCCAUUUUAGUUAAGACACAAGAGAGGUAAACAUUCC